AUGGGGAAACGUCCGAUUUCUGAUGUUGUCGCCGAAGAUGGCGCGACCACUACUCCCGAGCUUUCAAGAAAGAAGAGCAAAAAAGACAAGAGCAAGAAGCUUAGCAAGACGCCUGCAAUCGAUGCGACCGAGACGAAUGGCGAUGCCCUGGCUGUAGAGGACUCAGACGACGAAGAAAAGCUCUCAAAGGCCGAGCGCAAGGCGGCGAAGAAAGCAAAGAAGGAGGCUAAAGAGGCGAAAAAAGCGCUGAAGGCUGCGGCGGAGGAUGAGCCGGCUGGCCAGACUGCGGAAGAGAGCGAAGAAGCCAUCAAGGCGGCUGAGAAGGCUGCGCGAAAGGCAGAGAAGAAGCGCUUGAAGGCUGUGGCCAAGGGUGAAGCUAUCGAGUCCGUACCUUCAUCGAAACCUACAUCGGUCGAAACCAGCGCCGAGCCUACCGUAACCACCGCAACCACUGCCGAGUCAGGAGAUUAUGAAGAGAGCAAGGAGCUGACGCAGCUCCCUCAGGCCGAGGUCGACGCUUUCCUCGCCAAAAACACCAUGACUAUUCAAGACCCCAAACCCGCCGCUCGCAAGCUGCGUCCUAUCCUGAACUUCAAGUACCUCCCAGUCGAUGAUGCGCAGCGCGCCUUCUUUGCCAAGUUCAGCGCUCCUACACCUAUACAAGCAGCGACAUGGCCAUUCUUGCUGUCAGGAAGGGAUAUGGUUGGUGUUGCAGAGACAGGUUCCGGCAAGACGUUGGCGUUUGGUGUACCUUGUGUGCGAUACAUCUCGGCGUUACCCAAGGAAAAGCGGAAGGGCAUCAAGGCUGUUAUUGUCUCACCCACGCGUGAGCUGGCUGUCCAAAUUUACGAUCAAUUGGUAGCGUUGGCGACACCGGCUGGACUAUCCGUGGUUUGCGUAUACGGUGGUGUGCCAAAAGACCCUCAGGUCGCUGCUUGCCGUAAGGCGCACAUCGUAGUCGCUACACCAGGUCGUCUCAACGACUUGAUUGGUGAUGGCUCAGCGGACCUUAGCAAAGCCGAGUACGUAGUCCUCGACGAAGCCGACCGUAUGCUUGAUAAGGGAUUCGAAGAAGCAAUUCGGCAAAUCAUCUCGCAGACGCCCAAGAAGCGCCAAACCCUCAUGUUUACUGCUACGUGGCCGCCUUCCGUCCGGGAUCUUGCGUCCACCUUCAUGAACUCGCCUGUCAGGAUCACGAUCGGCGACAACCAAUCUGGCGAGCUCCGUGCCAAUGUGCGCAUUAAGCAACUCGUCGAGGUUGUGGAUCCUCGCGCUAAAGAGCAGCGUCUGUUGCAGUUGCUCAAGCAGUACCAAUCUGGCAAGAACAAGGACGAUCGUAUCCUUGUGUUCUGCUUGUACAAGAAGGAAGCAAUGCGCAUCGAAAACUUCAUCCGCAUGAAGGGCUUCCGCGUGGGUGGCAUCCACGGUGACUUGAGCCAAGAGAAGCGCAGCGCCUCACUGGCGGCGUUCAAGGAAGGCCACGUGCCGCUCCUCGUAGCCACUGAUGUUGCUGCAAGGGGUCUUGACAUCCCAGCUGUGAAACUUGUCAUCAAUGUCACGUUCCCAUUGACAGCCGAGGACUAUGUUCACAGGAUUGGCAGGACGGGUCGUGCCGGAAAAGAGGGUUUGGCGAUCACGCUUUUCACGGAACAUGACAAAGCACUUUCCGGAUCGUUGAUCAACGUCCUCAAGGCAGCAAAUCAGGACGUGCCUGAAGACUUGAUGAAGUUUGGUACAACUGUCAAGAAGAAGGAACAUGGUGCAUACGGUGCCUUCUACAAAGACACCGACAACACCAAGGCCGCUACUAAGAUUACUUUUGACUAA